AUGACUCCUGAAUAUGACUACCUCUUCAAGCUUCUUCUGAUUGGUGACUCUGGAGUUGGCAAGUCAUGUCUGCUGCUGCGUUUUGCUGAUGACACGUACACUGAGAGCUACAUCUCCACUAUCGGAGUCGACUUCAAGAUCAGAACCAUCAACAUGGAUGGAAAAACGGUGAAACUACAGAUUUGGGACACGGCAGGUCAGGAGAGGUUUCGAACCAUCACCUCCAGCUACUACAGAGGAGCUCACGGCAUCAUCAUCGUCUAUGAUGUCACCGAGCAGGAGUCCUUUAACAACGUGAAGCAGUGGCUGGAUGAGAUUGAUCGUUACGCCUGUGAAAACAUCUCCAGGCUGCUGGUGGGAAACAAGUCUGACCUCGUUAGCAAGAAAGAAGUGGACUCUGCCAUGGCUCAGGAUCUCGCCUCGUCCCUGAAGAUCCCCUUCCUGGAGACGAGUGCAAAGAGUUCUGAUAAUGUGGAGAAGGCUUUUCUCACCAUGACCUCAGAGAUCCACAAUCGCCUGGCCAGUCAGGGGGGAGCCAUGGACUUGACAUCGACAAAGGCCCAAAACACCACGAUCAAGAGUGCCCCCAUGUGGCUGGGUGGGGACAAGCAGGCACCGGCACAGGAGGCCGGAACCUGCUGUUGAACAGGAUCCAGUUCAGACCCAACCUGACUACAAUAUGUAGAGACAUUUUUAACACUUCUGCCUGUGUCACUUGCAGGUGAUGAUUUAAUUAUUUAUUGUGACUUUGUGUGUCAGCUUAUGUGUGAAAAUGAAACACCAGCAUGUUCAGGCUGUUUUCAUUCAAUUCUCUGCCCACACAGAAAUUCAAAUUAAAAGAAAGCAAUGUGGGACAGG